AUGCAGGUCGUGUGGAGUCUGCAGGUGAAGGUGACUCCUGCUGCAGAGGGACAGAAGACACUGACCUGUAUCACCACCUGUACUCUGACUGACAACCCCACCUACAUCUGGUACAAGAACGGACAACGUGUAGAUGAGCCCACUUCCCAACAAUACUCUAAUGCUCCAAAGAACACCUCAGUGUCAGUCAGUCCCUCUGGUGAAAUAGUGGAGGGCAGUUCAGUGACUCUGACCUGCAGCAGUGAUGCCAACCCACCUGUGGACAAAUACACCUGGUACAAGAAGAAUGGAGCUUCACUGAAGGGAUCUGAAAACACCUUCCUCAUCACCAACAUUAACUCUGAGGACAGAGGAGAAUACUACUGUGAGGCUGAGAGUAUAUAUGGGAGUCUCAACUCUUCUUCUGUGUCUGUGGACAUUCAAUAUGGCCCAAAGAACACCUCAGUUCUGACUACAGCUGUAGGAAUCAUAGUGGUUGUUCUGGUUCUCAUCCUCUGUUUCUCCGGCUUCAUGUGGUUCAGGAAGAGGGCCUCCAAUUCUCCCUCUGUCACAAGAGACACAGCAGACGAUGGACAGGGAGACUCUAGUCCAGUGUAUGGCAAUAUCUCAGGCAUGGCAAUGAACCCUACUGCAGCACAGACAGCUACAAGAGAUGACCAGGAUGAUGUUCUCUACGCCAGCGUCCACUUCUCUGGCUCCAAAAACCAGGAAGUGCUUCUGUACUCCACCGUUCAAGUGCCUCAACCCCAGAAAGAGGAUGAGGAUGUCCAGUACGCUGCUCUGAAAUUCAACCUCCCCAGUGCUGCCACCCGACCCGCAGCAGCACAAGCAGCUGAGGAGGACUCCUCUGUUCUCUACAGUACAGUCAAUAAACCCUGAACCAGGAAGACCUGAACACAACAAACCCAGAACCAAGAAGACCUGAACGCAACAAACCCAGAACCAAGAAGACCUGAACACAACAAACCCAGAACCAAGAAGACCUGAACACAACAAACCCAGAACCAAGAAGACCCGAACACAACAAACCCAGAACCAAGAAGACCUGAACACAACAAACCCAGAACCAAGAAGACCUGAACACAACAAACCCAGAACCAAGAAGACCCGAACACAACAAACCCAGAACCAAGAAGACCUGAACACAACAAACCCAGAACCAAGAAGACCUGAACACAACAAACCCAGAACCAAGAAGACCUGAACACAACAAGCCCAGAACCAAGAAGACCUGAACACAACAAACCCAGAACCAAGAAGACCUGAACGCAACAAACCCAGAACCAAGAAGACCUGAACACAACAAACCCAGAACCAAGAAGACCUGAAAACAACAAACCCAGAAUCAAGAAGACCUGAACACAACAAACCCAGAAUCAAGAAGACCUGAACACAACAAACCCAGAACCAAGAAGACCUGAACGCAACAAACCCAGAACCAAGAAGACCUGAAAACAACAAACCCAGAAUCAAGAAGACCUGAAAACAACAAACCCAGAACCAAGAAGACCUGAACACAACAAGUUUGACAAUAACCUUGAAUAUCAGGACCUGUAUAUCUAAACUAAGUGAUAUAAUGCCUAUGGAGGUGUGGAAUAUUGACCAGGCGGUUUGAGCCCUGAAUGCUGAUUAGCUGACAGGCGUGGUAUACCAGACCGUAUACCAUGGGUAUUAACAUUUGUAUUUACUGGUCUAAGUACAUUGGUAACCAGUUAAAAAUAAGGCACCUCGGGGUUUGAGGUGCAUCCAAGCACUCCGCGUUGCAUUGUGCAUAAGAACAGCCCUUAGCGGUAGUAUAUUGGCCAUAUACCACACCUCCUCAGGCCUUAUUGCUUAAGUUUAUAAUGGCAACAAGGUACUUCAGGGGUUUGUGGUAUAUGACCAACAUACUGUUCCACGGCUUAUUUUAAACUGGUUAACAACAUAAAUAGAACAGUAAACAAGUAUUUUUACGUCAUACCCGUGGUAUAUUGUCUGAUAUACAGGAUAGACUUCUGAAAUGCUGUUUCAGCCAAUCAGCAUCCAGGGCCAAAACUACCCAGUUUAUAAUAGUAUUUAAUAAUAUAUGCCAUCUAGUAGGCACUUUUAUCCAAGUCAUUACAGUCAUGUUUGAAAACACAUUUCGUAUGGGAAGUCCCAGCAGGAAUUGAACCCAUGCACCAUGCUGUACCAACUGAGCCACAGGACGACUCUAUUCACACUUAGAGUAGGAGUUCUGAUCUAGGGUCAGUUAUGACUCUGAAACAAUGAUGAAUUAGAAAGGGACCUUAACAUUUUUCAUAUAUAUUUUACGUUGAAAAAUAUUGUAUUUCUGACGUAGGCAACCUCCAUUUAUAUCUUACAGUGCAUUCGGAAAGUAUUCAGACCCCUUGACUUUUUCCACAUGUUGUGAUGUUUCUAACUUUUGCUCAAAUUGAUGAAAUAGUUCUCUCCUCAUCAAUCAACACACUAAACUCAUAAUGCUAAAGCAAAAAAUGUUUUUAGACAAUUUUGCAAAUGUAUAAAUACAAAAAAACUGCAAUAUCACAUUUACAUAAGUUUUCAGACCCUUUAAUCAGUACUUUGUCAAAGCACCUUUGGCAGCGAUUACAGCCUCGAGUAUUCUUGGGUAUGACGCUACAAGCGUGGCACACCUGUAUUUGGGGAAUUUCUCCCAUUCUUAUCGCCAGAUCCUCUCAAGCUUGGUCGUGUUGGAUGGGGAGCGUCGCUGAACAGAUAUUUCCAGGUCUCUUCAGGGAUGUUCGAUCAGGUUCAAGUCCGGGCUCUGGCUGGGCCACUCAAGGACAUUGAGAUUUCUCCCGAAGCAACUCCUGCUUUGUCUUGGCUGUGUGCUUAGGGUCCUUGUCCUAUCGGAAGGUUGAACCUUCACCCCAAUCUGAGGCCCUGAGCCCUCUGGAGCUGGUUUUCGUCAAGGAUCUCUCUGUACUUUUCUCCAUUCAUCUUUCCCUCGAUCCUGACUAGUCUCCCAGUCCCUGCCGCUGAAAAAUAUCCCCACAGCAUGAUGCUGCCACCACCAUGCUUUAACGUAGGGAUGGUGCCAGGUUUCCUCCAGGCGCGAUGCUUGGCAUUCAGGUUUCAUCAGACCAGAUAAUCUUGUUUCUCAUGGUCUGAGAGUCUUUAGCUGUCCUUCUUGAAGGCUCUCAUCUCCACAGAGGAACUCUGGAGUUCUGUCAGAGUGAACAUUGGGUUCUUGGUCACCUCGCUGACCAAGGCCCUUCUCCCCCGAUUGAUCAGUUUGGCCAGACGGCCAGCUCUAGGAAGAGUCAUGGUGGUUCCAAACGUCUUCUAUUUAAGAAUGAUGGAGGCCACUGUUUUCUUGGACAUUAAAAAAUACAGAAAUGUUUUGGUACCCUUCCCCAGAUCUGUGCCUCAGCACAAUCCUGUCUCGGAGUUCUAGAGACAAAUCCUUCGACCUCAUUAUUUUUGCUCUGACAUGCACUGCAAACUCUGGGACCUUGUAGACAGGUGUGUGCCUUUCCAAAUCAUGUCCAAUUAAUUGAAUUUAUUACAGGUGGACUCCAAUUAAGUUGUAGAAACAUCUCAAGGAUGAUUAAUAGAAACAGGAUGCAGCUGAGUUCAAUUUCGAGUCUCAAAGCAAAAGGUCUGAACACUUAUCUAAAUAAGGUAUUUCUGUUUUUUAGUUUUAAUACAUUUUGUGUUUUGCCAUUAUGGGGAUAGUGUGGUAUAUUUUUAUUUAAUCUAUUUUAGAAUAAGGCUGUAACAUAUCAACAUUUGAAAAAAGUCAAGGGGUCUGAAUACUUUCCCAAUGCAUUGUAUUUAAUUCUAUAUUUUUUAUGUUAUGUUUCUGAAACAAUCAUCAAACUUGUGAGACUUUUGCCUCAACGUCCAGGAAAGAGUUCUGCUUGAUGCAAUGUUUCUUAUUGCUUUUAUCAAAUGUUCUUUUUUGUAAACUGUGUUGUGACAUUUAA